AUGGCUUCCUAUCCAAUUUUGGAUGUGAAGAUCUGUUUCAUACUGUAUGCAUUCUUAGUUUUAAAAUCACUCUUACUGGAUUUCCUCCCACCUAUGUGCCUCUGCUAUUGCGUAUCCACAGGAAGGCAAUCUCGAUUCUUCUAUAGAGUAUCUGUUAAAUGUGGAAAAGCAAGCAAGGCUUGCUGGUGACGUCACUGCAACAAGGAAUGCAGUUACCUCAAUAAUUCAGCUUUGCUAUGAAGCUCGAGCCUGGAAGACUCUGAAUGACCAGAUUAUUUUGCUUUCCAAGAGAAGGGGGCAACUUAAGCAGGUAACUCAAGGAUCAGUUUUUCUUUUUUCAUGAAUGCAUUAGAAAGAAAAAAAACAUGCAUGAGCAUGGGUUUUUCGAAAAACUUUCGUUCUGCCAUGAGCACACUACAGAUGAACAUCCUUCUGUUUAUGAAAGCGUGAAAAGAUGCAUACUAUAUGGAAGCACAUAUCCGUCACUAAAUUACAUUAAAAAAUUUGUACUGAAUAUACUCGCACUUGUACUGCAUACAUUGGUUCUCCCGUUCCAUGUUAGGUUAGGUAGCUUUUUUUGCAUAAAUUAAAUCCUCUUGGUUACCUGCCAUUUUUCGUUUAAUUAACGAAGACUGCACUAUGAGACUGAUAUGUUUCCCAACAGUUACCCUUUUUUUGUUAUGUAGGUCAACAUGGGUAUGAAAUCUUUUAUGAGCAUUGGAUAUGUUUUUAGUUUUACAUGCUAUUAUAUUUUUUUAUAGGGUUUUUUUUUUCAAUCAGCUAUCGAUACGUUUUAAUGCUUUUUCCGAAACUUGACUGGUGGACUCUGAAGAGCAGUUUAAUACAGAUGAGCCAACUUGAAUUGAAAUUUAUAUAAACAUGGUGAGCUGGACGGUUAGUAUGGAUCUAGGGAGUCAGCAAUAUCCUCAUUAAAUAUGACUCGAGCAAAGGUCAGUAGAGUAUUUAUCUCAGCAUGAUGGAAAGCCCCUCAUAAAUGUGCUUGGUAAGCAAAUGAAAAAGUUGUUGGGGAAAAGUUUGGGAGGAAUCUUUGUUUUGUGAACAUUUAUUGAUCAUCGUUACUUUGCUAAAGCAUUCCCCAAAUCCCACGGCGUUUGACUAGCACUUUUUCCCCCGUAUUUUAUUGGCAAACAGGCUGUGACAGCAAUGGUACAACAAGCAAUGCAAUAUAUUGAUGAGACUCCUGAUAUUGAAACACGCAUUGAGUUGAUUAAAACGCUGAACAGUGUCUCAGCGGGGAAGGUUAGUACGCUGGUGAUGGUAUUAAAUCCUUAUCACCGUGGCAUAGCCAUUUGUUGGGCAUCAGUCAUCAUUUUUUUCAAAUCUUCUCCUUUUUCUGCAGAUCUAUGUUGAGAUAGAGAGAGCGCGCCUCAUUAAAAGACUUGCUAAGAUCAAAGAAGAACAGGGACUUAUUGCUGAAGCUGCCGACCUAAUGCAAGAAAUUGCCGUAAGAAUAUGUUCCCGGCAUGGUUGACAGUAUUUUAUAGUUGCGAUUUUUCGUUCAACUUCAAAAAUGUCUAUAAUGAUUUAUAGACUACGAGUGCUUUAAUGAUACUUUGUUUUUUUGUAUUUUUGACUACCACAGGUGGAAACAUUUGGAGCCAUGGCAAAAACGGAGAAGAUAGCGUUCAUCCUUGAACAAGUAGGGUUGUAUAUUUAUUUCGCACGAUUUUUUUCGUAGUUGUCUGAUGAUAUAAUGUGUACCCUAAAUGCAGCAUUCACGAAUGAAUUUUUCCAGGUUCGUUUAUGUUUAGAUCGUCAGGACUACGUUAGAGCGCAAAUUCUUUCCAGGAAGAUCAGCCCUCGAGUCUUUGAUGCAGAUGUUUCAAAAGCGAAAAAGCCCAAGGAAGGAGAUAAUAUUGUGGAGGAGGCCCCCCCUGAUGUACCUACACUUCUAGAAUUGAAGCGCAUUUACUAUGAACUGAUGAUUAGGUAAGCCAUUUUCCAUUACUGUUUUAAUGUGUCCGUUGAGCUUAUGAAAUGAAGAUUUGUCAAAUCCAUCCGGUGUUUGUGGAUGGUUUCAUUUUCUCCAGUAUCCACAUCUACAAACAUGUACAUUUUUUUGUACAUGUAUCGAUUGUGAACAUUUGUUUUGCAAAGAAUGAAUUGGAUGGCUGUACAUCUGGAUUGUAUCUGGAAGCGUUAUUAUGAACCAUACAUGAGAUUGUUUGAUUUUUAAACUCUAUCGUGUUAAACAUUAUACUGGACAACUUUCUUUGCCAACAUUGCCAACGCUUCUACCAGAAACACGGAUAAUGAAAUGGUAAUGUAGGUGGAUAAUAUUUAUUCGACUUAUCCUUUUUUAAGGUGGUGACGCUGUUACUUAGAGAAAUGGAGCAUUAUACUCUCAUCAGUUGGCAUCGGUCACUAUAGCUGCUGUCCUGUUGGCCCUGGUGCGAGGGAGAAGCCAGCCGGGUGAAGAGAAUAUUGAAACAUUGAGAUUUCAUACCCUUAUAUAACGGAACUGCGCCUGUGGAGGAAUAGCCAUCUGCUACGUGGGAGCUAAUCCCUCACAAAAGAUUCCCCUUGUUCAAAAGGAAAUCAGUGAUCUUGAUAGCUUUGGUCUAGGAAAUAUGAUGAUGCUGUUAAAUGUUUAAGAUGUGGUGGGAUAUGCCACAAAAGGAGAUGACGCAGUGCUUGUAAGAAGGUGGAAUUAAAUGUAAUCUAGGAACACUUCCCAUUAUGCAGAUUCUUGAAGCUAGGAGAAAUUUGGAAUCUUGCUAUAAAUAGCAUGGGUAUAUCACGUCAAGAAGAAAUUUGAUUUACUUGUCUCCAUUAUUCCCCGCAUGAAUCAGCAUAAAGUUUUCCAUCAUUUUGGUGAAAGAUAUGUGCGAACGUAAUAUCUUAAUCACGGGGAUAUGACUUGUUGGAAUCGAUUGUGAUGCCACUACCAAGAUUCUCAGAAUUUCAAAGAACAUUUAUGUUUUAACUGCUCUUUUGAUUAAGUCUGCUUCUACUCUUGGAUUCCGAGUUUUAUUGGAAUUUUCUGUUUUUCUCUUGGGCUGAGAAUUCCUGAAUUUUAUGUUUUUUUCGUACUUUUCUUCUUUUUGUAAUAAUCCGAGUUUUUUUGAACAACAGCUAGACCUUCCUUUUUCUUUAUUUUAAAUUGAGAAAAGUGUUUUUUUUUUCAGUUGAAAAUUGUUGAUUGAAAAGGUUUAGCGAUUUGCUACCCAAAAAUUGGACGCGGUAGAGAUGAGAAACGCAUUAAUUAUUUUUUCAUCCUCCACGCAUUAUCUUUUAGUUUUGUCAAAUAAUAUAAGGGCAAGAUGGUUGAAUUCUUUCUUGUAUAAUAUCUGGAAACAUUGAUGUAUAAUAUCUGAUUAGAUUUUUGUUUUCAUGAUGUAGAUAUUACUCGCAUAGCAAUGAUUACCUCGAGAUCUGCCGCUGUUACAAAGCCAUCUAUGACAUCCCUUCUGUGAAAGAGAACCCAGCACUCUGGAUUCCGGUAACUCAUCAUGCUGUAUACCGUACUUCUUUGAAACUUACUGAAUAUCGUGUGACCCGAAUUGGAAAUUUUAGGUUUUGAGGAAAAUUUGCUGGUAUCUAGCACUGUCACCCCAUGGUCCAAUGCAGUCCAGCCUUCUUAACUCCACCUUGGAAGAUAAGAACUUAUCUGAAAUCCCAAAUUUUAGGUACAUUUCUUAACUCUUUAAGGUUCUCAAAAUUGGAAUUUUUCUAACUUCCCAUAUUGUGUCUGCUGUUGGAUGCGCUUUUUUUUUUUUUCCUUUUUUUAGGUUGCUCUUAAAGCAACUCGUUACAAUGGAGGUAGUACAGUGGACGAGACUUUGGGAGACGUAUAAGGACGAGUUUGAGAAUGAGAAGAACAUUCUUGGAGGCUCUCUUGGUGAGAAAGCGGCAGAAGAUCUUAAAGAGAGAAUAAUUGAACAUGUGAGAUUUUCUCAGGUUGAUUUUACUUGUUAUCCCGUUUAUCUUUGUCAUUUAUUUACCAUCUUGUUGUUUUUUUUUUCCCAGAAUAUCUUGGUUGUGGCAAAAUACUAUUCCAACAUCACCUUGAAGAGGCUCGCGGAUCUCUUGUGCCUCAGUUUACAGGUUUUCUUCUUUGUCAGAGACCCUCCUGUUCCUCUUGGUUUCUCUCUCUCUCUCUCUCACUCUCUCUCUCUCGCUCUCUCUCUCUUUUUUACCUGUUAUGCUGAAAAGAAGAAGAAAACGAAAAACUUCUCUUCGUUUUUUUUCCCCCAAGCGGCGAAGUAGUCUUUUCGUUUCUUCUUUCCCCCAGUUUUUUUUUUUGUUUUUUUGGCGCGCCUCUGGACAUGUCAACUCCAAGUUGUGCUCUGCUUCAACAGGAAACGGAGAACCAUAUGUCGGAGAUGGUGGUGUCCAAGGCCUUGGUCUGCAAGAUCGACCGGACGCUGGGGGUCGUAUGCUUUCAGGCGACGAAGAACAGCAACGACGUUCUCAACUCAUGGGCGAUGAACUUGGAGAAGCUGCUCGAUCUUGUGGAGAAGAGCUGCCACCAAAUCCACAAGGAGACCAUGGUUCACAAAGCUGCCGGCAAGCUCACCACUUGA